UCUGUGUGUGUGUGUGUGUGUGUGUGUGUGUGUUGAUGCGGUGCACAGCAGAGCAGUCCUCCCACGCACCCGCGUGACGCACAUCGCUGCGUGGGCGGGCCGCGCGUGGGAGUGCGAGCGCGCGAUUGUAGCAGCGCGGAAUAUCCCAACUCUGGCAGUAGGGGAGUGAACGACAAGAAAAGAAAGAAAGAAAGAAAGCAAGCAAGAAAGAAAGAAAGGCGGAAGCCCGACUAGUUCCUCUCUCUCUCUCUCUCUCUCUCUCUGUCUCUCUUUUGUCUGUUUGUUAUUUUUUUUUAAUCGUGUGCACCUCCGGGUUUUGACAACAUACAUACACGCACGCACACGCACCACGCGCGCAUACACACACACACACACACACACACACCAAGAUUCGGUAAACGGAAGAGCGGAACUACCUGCACGCUGACACGCGCGCACACACACGCACACACACACACACACACACACUCUCUCUCUCUCUGUUUCUCUCACUCAGUCUGUCUCUUUAUUUCAUAUCGAUCCGAUGUCGCGCGACGCUUCACCUCAGUGACCCGACUAUUUCUCAGGCCUUGUUUUUUUUUUUUUUUUUUUUCGUCUUAUUAUUAUUAUUAUUUUUUUAACAUUGUUAUUCUCAGUACAAAAAAAAAAAAAAUCGUGCAUCAAGAAUUUAAUUUUUAAAAUAAAAAAAAAUAAUAAAAUUUCCGGGAAGGAGAGGAAUUUUCUUUCGGGGGAAUUUGGGAAGAGACCAGAAAAGAAGUCCAUAAAGGUCAUGGCGGCGACUUUGCCCAGGACUCUUGGCGAGUUGCAGCUCUACCGCAUCCUGCAGCGGGCCAACCUGCUGUGCUACUACGACGCGUUCAUCCAGCAGGGCGGUGACGACGUGCAGCAGCUGUGCGAGGCCGCUGAGGAUGAGUUCCUGGAGAUCAUGGCGCUGGUAGGGAUGGCCAGCAAGCCUCUGCACGUGCGACGCCUACAGAAAGCUCUGCGUGACUGGGUCACCAACCCGGCGCUGUUUAACCAGCCGCUCGCUUCACUUCCUGUCUGCAGCAUCCCUGUGUAUAAACUUCCUGAUGGCCCUGUGCUGCCUGUCAAAGUUCCCAAAACAGACCCGCCAAAAACUGAAGCAGGCAGCGGGAGCUCGUCAGCCACCGCCUCGCCUCAGCAGAGCAGCAACGAGCCACGUUUCUGGGUUGACCGAAGUAUCUCACCGGCCGAGUUCGGCUCGCCCUCGCCCCCGCUGCCGCGCGACACCCUCGAAGCGCUGGACAUCGCCGCCGUUCAGGCCGUCAGUGAGUGUGUAGACAGGAUGGCACGGGCGUUGCCCAAAAGCGACCCGGCGGAGCUGAGAGAGCAGCUCAAAGCCAACAAGAAGCUAGCCAAAAUGAUCGGCCACAUCUUCGACAUGAGCGACGACGACCCACGCCGAGAGGAAGAGAUCCGCAAAUACAGCGCCAUCUACGGACGCUUCGACUCCAAGAGGAAGGACGGCAAACAUCUCACACUCCACGAGCUGACGGUGAACGAGGCUGCAGCACAGCUGUGUAUGAAGGAGGUGGCGUUACUGACGCGCAGGGACGAGUUAUUCGGACUCGCUCGCCAGGUCUCCAGAGAGGUCACCUACAAGUACACAUACAGGACCAGCAAAUCUCGAUGUGGAGACAGAGACGAACCGUCACCGAAGAGAAUUAAGACAGAGCAGGAAGGGUUUUUUGACCUGCAGGAGGCGCUCCAGGCGAUCCACAUGCGGCAGGAGACUCUGAGAGAGCAGCUGGCUCAGGCUCGGUCCAAGGGAGAGGAAACACUCAUUCGAAACAUCCAGGUUCAGCUGGAGCGUCUCUUGGCUAAGCAGAUGGAGAUUUUGCAUGAUGCAGCGGCGCAGGACAGACUGCAGGCUCUGGAGUGGCGCGUUCCUCCCGGAGCCUUCAAACACCACGCCGACUCGCACAAUGCUAACGCUAAUGCUAAUGCUAACGGCAGCGCCGAAAAACACGCCGAGCAGCACGGUGAGAGGCCACUGAAUCUGCGAGUGACAGGACAAAGGGGCGGAGCUUCAGACGGAGACACACCCCUGGGAAAACAGCUGGCCAAUGAGCUGAAGAGACAUCACCAGGCCAGCGUGGAAAGCAAGGCAGCGGCUGCCACAGAGAACGGCAGCGGAGGUGAGGCGAGUCCCCGCGCUCUCAAUCUCUCCGAAAAGAAGACCAUCAAAUGUGAACCUGAGGACUCCAGAUAGCAGACCAGACCUCCAUUUUUCUUUUUUCUUAUUUUAAUUGUUUUUAAUUUCGACUCCAUGAUGAACUGUCGUCUGUCCGUGAAUACUAAAGGAGCACAACUACAGUAGAGCCUUAAUAACCAACGUUGCCUCAGAUUUCCUUUCUUUUUUUAGUUUCUUUUUUUUUUUUUUUUUUUUUUGCCAAAGCACCUAGAGCCCUUAUUUUCUUCCCUGAAUAGAUUAGCAUAAUUUUGUGAUGUCAGUGACUGUACAUGCAAAAACCCCGCCUCCUUUCUCUCUCUCUCUCUCUCUCUCUCUCUCUAUCUAUCUCUCUCUUUCUACGAUUAGGCGUGGACCGUAAUGUCCGCUGGUUUGUACAUACAUUUGUUGAUAUGUGGAAAAUGUUGAUGUUAUUUAAAUACAGUUUGUGUCAUGUGAGUAUACGUGUGUGUGUGUGUGUGUGUGUGUGUGUAUCUAUAUGAACGCACGUUUGUUUCACAAGCUGAUUGUUCCGGACAUCAAAGAUAAGCACAAAAAUACACAUCAUCAUUCUUUUGAUAUAAAAGAGGAAUAUCUUAAACAUCAGGUCGAGAGAAAAGCUCGCUGUCAGAUAUGAAGCUCGUGAGAUGAAGACCAUGUUCGUUAACCAUAUGUUCACACUAGCCGGAGCUUGUCUCGUUUGUGGGCGUGGCCUAUCCAGUGUUCCGAUGAGAAAAGGUGGUAGCUAUAGAUAGCUAUAGCUAUCUGUAAGGCUAACUAUUGAAACAUAAAUUAAAUAGCGUGCUAAUCAGUGUGUAAAUGAAAAAUAAAUAUUACAGUCUUGGAUUCAUACUAGCUAACUGAACUAGCUUUUCUUCGUAACUUCUUCGUAAUUUAAUGAACAGAAACAACAGUUAUAUGUCUUUCUGCCACGUCAAUCACUCGUAACUGGUUUGCAUACGUACGGCCGCGUGUCAGUUACGAAUGUAGAGAAUGAACGAUCACCUGUCGCUCUUACUCGCUAUAUUUCCUUUGAUUCCUUUGCUAAUUAUCUUUCACUCGCUAGUUAUCAAGAUUAAUGAGUUUAUCGUCAUUAGGCUGUAGUCAAGUCCGAGACCAGGACUAGCCGAGAUCGAGUCAAGAUCAAGUAUGAAAGUCCUUUUCGAGACCAAGCCUUUAACUAGUUAGCUUCAGUAACUACCGCUCUCUUGCUAGGUUAGCUUUCACUCACAAUGUUAGCUUCAGUAACUGCUGCUCUCUUGCUAGGUUAGCUUUCACUCAUGAUGUUAGCUUCAGUAACUGCUGCUCUCUUGCUAGGUUAGCUUUCACUCACAAUGUUAGCUUCAGUAACUGCUGCUCUCUUGCUAGGUUAGCUUUCACUCAUGAUGUUAGCUUCAGUAGCUACCGCUCUCUUGCUAGGCUAGCGCUAGGAUUCAUCGCUUUGCCUCGUCGCAGCUGAUUUAUAUAGAAAAACGAACGUUCGCUUGUCACUUCAUCGCUCGCUAGUGUGAACGUAGGGUAACUACGUGCCACGUUUACGCCAUCUUAGUAAGUAAAAAUGCUUUAUCCUGCUCAGGGUGGUUUAAAUGACUAAGUUGUUAAUAUUUUGCAAAACAAAACCCAAUAAGUUUGGAGCAAAUAACAACAAAAUAAUAAUAAUGACAAUAAUAAUAAUAAUGAUGAUGAUGAUGAUAAUACACACAAGAGCAGGAGCUAAAAAAAACACCAGUCACACACACACCUCUGAUAUCAGGUACUGAUUAAAACGAUUAAAAUGCUCUGCGUGAAAAAAAAAAAAACGGCAGGUUCGGUGUUCAGCGAAUUUUUAACGUGUUCUGGAGCUUGUUCGCUAAAAAGCUAAAGAGUUGCUGAAAAUGCAGCGAACCUUCGUGUGUGUGUGCGUAAUGUAGUGUAAAGCGUAAAAUACCGAGUGUGUAGUAAGUAGUAGAGCAAUACCGACUAGCUGUUGUUAAUAAAAACGCUGUGUGUGUGUGUGUGUGUGUGUGUUUACUGUACAGUGUGUGGUGUAAUAGUGUUAGAAUAGUCUUAGAUUCAGCUGGUGUACUAAUGUAACUUAUAUGCACUAGUGUUGGACUUUAAAAUGCAUUUUUUUAUACAACUUUCAUCUUUUCCAUCAGUUUUUUUCCGUAUCAUCCUUCCCAGCUCGUGCUGUAGGUUUUCCCCACAAACAAUCAGGUUUCCCACAGUCGUGUGUGUGUGUGAGUGUGUGUGUGUGUGUGUGUGUUCUUAAUGAAUACCUCUGUGAGAAUAACCGACUGAUCCUCAUUGUCCAGGUGAUUUUUUUUUUUUUAAAGCAGAGUGGAGAAAUGAUCUGUACUCUUUAUUUUUAUAUGAUUACUUUAUGCAAAAUUUUCUUCAUUUAAGUGCCAUUUUAAAAUCUUUCUUUGUUUUUUUUUUUUGUUGUUGUUGAGUAUGUGGUUAAAAGGAUAUGGUUAUGGUUAUGGUUGAGUGCAAAGUUUGUGCACCCUUGUGUAUUGGGAUUCAUACAUGUUUGUCCAAAAAAAAAAAAAAAAAAGUUAUAUCCAGUAAAAAGUUUAACAAAAAUAAUCUGUAAAUCUAUAAUAUAUAUAUAUAUAUAUAUAUAUAUAUAUAUAUAUAUAUAUAUAUAUAUAUGAGAUGUAAAUAUUUUUGUAAUAACGUAUACACCGUCUAAUCUCGGUCACAUCCUGUGAAGAGAUUUUGGAGCCUCUCAUAUUGGUGUUAAAUUCUUAAAUCCUUCUUUAAAUCUUCUUUAAAAGGUUUCUGGAAAUUAUAAUAAAGAUAAAAUAAUAGUGAGAGAGAGUGAGAGAAUUCGAUGUGAUGCUCGCUCUACCAUUUUAUCUAUGAUCUUUGUGCUGUGGUGCUUUUAGGAAUUUCAGCUCAGGUCUGGAGAUUUGAUUAUUGAUUUGAUGUUUUUGUUCCACAAUCUGAAAAAAGAGUACUGAACUGUACUGAACUGAACUGUUCCUUGGUCCAGUACCCUUAAGCAUACACCUUUUUCACAUUUAGUAUGUAUCUUUCAUGUAUGUAUUCCUCUAAAAAAGCUAAUUAUGUCAAAUUUAUGCAUCUUAAGUCUUGUUUUAAAGGUGCAUUAUAUCCAGGUGAAAGAUAAAAAGAUAAAGGGUGCCAGCGACAACGAAAGGUUCAGUUUAGUACCUUUUUUUCUUUUCAGUGUAGGAUGCAACCACACGGGGAAAAAAAUUAAACCUUGGAUCAAAGUGAAAAAUUGCAUCAUCUCCACAAUCCUCCUCAAAAAAUACUACAAUAUAUAUAUAAAAAUAGAAUGGUUGAGAAAAACAUUUUAAAAAUGACCUAAAACAAGUCGAUGCAAUUUUUUUUUACUUUUUCAAAGUUCAUUUAAAACAAAACAAAAAUAACAUUUUUAACUUUUUUUUUUUUUUUGCACUGAAAAACCAUGAGGGGCACAAACUUUUGCACUCAACUCUAAUUCAGGUCAUUUUGAAUGAUGUAGGUCAGGGGUGUCAAACAUACGGCCUGCGCUAAAGGUUCUAAUCACCGAAGUUUCGUCCAACAAGUUUCAAAUCCAAAUUAAAAUCAUCUUGUGGAUUGUGAUUCAGUUGAAAGAGUCGAGAAAGAAGGAGCUCUGUUAUUCCACUAGGGGGCGAAAGAGAGCAAUGAACUAAAUGUUCUAGGGUUAGGGGUUAGGGUUAGGGUUCGUUAUUAGCGAGCUAAUAAAAUUUUGACGCUGCGACCAUCAGACUUCCACACAAUACGAUACGAGAUUUAACGAUACCUCUGUAUCUUAUUACGAUACAAUUCAGUCGCCUCCGAUCGAUAUGUGACUAGCUGUGUUUCCGAAUCUGGCGUAGCGUUAAUUCACGAAUGAUGACGACGUAGAGAAUAACGUAGAAUUUUAAAAGCAUCAGAGUUACGAACAAAUCGAUUCAUUUCAAUCGAUCCGUGGAUCCAAAUCGUCGGCUCGUUCAACCGCUAGUAACCAAAAUAGCUAACGGGGAUGAAUACUUAUGCAAUCACAAUGCAAUCACAACUUUUUGUUUUUUUUUUGUUUGUAAAUCAGUUUGAAAAUGAUUUUUUUUCCUUCCCCACUUUAAUAUUAUGGGCUGUUUUAAUUCAGUUCCAGAUGUCAUGCGAUAAAAUGUAUAAGGGGGGGUGAAUACUUACGCAGAUAUCCUGCAUCUAGGUGCGUUCAGAAUGUAUAUUUCGUAGAAAUAAUUACCGAUUAUUUUACCGAUGUUGUUGAUUUUUUUUUUUUUGACACUCCUGAUCUGGACGUUAGUAACGUGUGUGUAUUUCUCUGUUUUUAAUCUCACUGCGGUGGCUUACACUCGUUUUGCCUUAGUUUUUAACACAAGGAUCGAGGUUAUGGUAGUUAAAAAAACAAAACAAAACAAACAGGGUACUAAACGGUACCAUUUCUCAUGACUGGAGUGGUACCUUUAGUACUCAUCUUUUACGUGGAUAUGCGUGAAGUGUACUUUCUCUAAAAGCGAAUGAAAAGUGCGGUUAUGUAUCGUUUUUAAACGUACGUUGCAUCACAUGACCUACGAAAGGCGUACGCUUAAUGGUACCAUCACAUCCACAUGGAAAGGUACAGUUAGUACCCUUUCUUAUUUCAGAGAGAGUAUGGCUGAUCCAGGAUCAGUGUAUAUUUCUAUUUUUUUUUUUACACUUGCAUUCGGGCCCAGCGUUUAAUCUUUAGCUAGCUGAGCCUGGUAGCUUCUUUCGUUAAUUCAUGUGUGUGUGUAUGUGUGUGUGUGUGUGUGUGUGUGUGUGUGUGAUGUUUUUCCCCCUCUGAUGCAUGGAAAGUGAUCAGCAUGGAGAUUGUAUGUAUGUAGAUUCAAAUGGUGAGAUUUCUCUGAGAUAUUUCCAUCUUUUGGCGAAAAGUGAAAAAAAGAAAAGAAAAGAAAAAGAAAAAGAAACACACACACACACACUUUUUGAUCUGAUUAGUUUAUCAGUAACGCUGAUACACAUGCAGCUAAACCAUUACCUAUAGGUCAGAACAUAUCUAAACUCCUACUUUUGUCCCCUUUUCUGCUUUCUGUCCUUUAAAGACAACGAUCUGGCGUCUCUGCUCGUGCUUUGUAGAAUAGAAAAGGGAAAAAAUGUGCAUUCAGGACUGUGGGAUGAAACGUUUUGUGUGUUUUUUUUAAAGAAAAAGAAUUCAGUAGAGGCUUUGUUCUCAUCAUUGAUGUCACUGAGUUCAUGAUUCAUCAUUAGGAUAUGCAGUAGUCAUGCACCUCUUGUUUUGUAAACACUAAUAUAUUUAAUUUGUUAUACAGCACACGAACAUUAAACUCUAUUUUUUUGA